AUGAAGCUCAUCGUAUGCAAUGAACUAAGCUCAUGCGAUACGUCUAAGGUCAUGAACCACGACGCACUAAAGUCAAUAGUAACAGAGACUCAGUUGGACUUAAAUCAGAAGUGUCAGCCAGUAAGAAAGAUAGAGAAUGUUUGUAAUAUCAUCAUGAUAUCUAACAACUUCAACUCAGUAAAGAUUGACAAAGACGACAGAAGAUUUGUUGUCAUUGACGUAAGCAGCAGAUACAAAGGAAAUUACGAAUAUUUCUCAAAUCUCAUUGAAAGCUUUAAUGAAGAGUUUUAUUCAAACUUACUGACGUACUUCAUGAAGAAAGAUUUAAGUGAAUUUGAUGUAAGGAAGAUACCAUUCACCAGGGCUAAACAAGAACUCAUCGAAAUGAACAAAACACCUUACCAAAUGUUUUACGAGGAGUUCUAUGAAAAGUUUGUAUCCGGAUGGAAUUGUACAGAGUGCUACAGAAGAUAUAAAGAAUUUGCGAAGGAGAAUGAAUUCUUUGCAUGUAGUUCAAAUGUAUUUGGCGGCAAGAUGAGAGAAUUUGUGAAGAGAAGUAGAAAGCGAGACGGUUCUGCAAGAAGUUAUAUUUACGAAGCAAGUAUGAUAUUAGAAGGUCGUGGAAAGAAAGAAACAGUGAAUUAUGAGGAAGUGCUUGAAAAAUUCAUGGAGUACAUGGGAAGCAAUAUAACAUACAACAAAGACAUAUAUAGUGAGUUUAAGUACUACUGUGAACAGCAUGAGAUUGAAGUAAUGAGUAAAGGAGACUUUGAAACGCUUAUGAAAGACAGUAAGGAGGUCGUUCAUGAAUGCAAUGAUGAAAUAGUUCAUGAGAACAGUAAGGAGGUCGUUCAUGAGAACAAUGAUGAAAUAGUUCAUGAGAACAGUGAGGAGGUCAUACAUGAGAACAGUGAAGAGGUCAUACAUGAAUGCAAUGAUGAAAUAGUUCACGAUGUCGUUCGUGAAGAAGCCAUUGCAACAAAGAAUGAGAUAAAGGAUUUCAUAGAACUUAACAAGGAGGAGUUUAAAGAAGGCUAUGAAGUGAAAAGAUGUGAAGAAGAUUUCUUGGCGUAUUUGAAGAAAAAGAGACUAAAGCCAAUGGCUCAAAAUAAGUUUCAAUCGAUGUUUGAAAAGAAACGUUUGAGCUAUGGUGGUGUAAGAAGCACAUAUUACUUUGUUAAGAAGUGA